CUCUGAAUAGGCAAGCAGUGCGCUGCAUUAGCAGGAACUGAAGUCGGUCUCCACUCAGCCCUGCUGGGUUUUACUUACAGGGCUCCGAGAAGAGCUCAUGCAUAAUUCACAUGGAAGAACCUUCAGCAAAUGAAGACGCCUAGCACACGAGGGUUCUGAGAGCUGCAGACAGACGGGAAGAUAUCUGACACUAAAUCCACCUGUGGACGAAGAUACGCACAGCAGGCCCAAUGGCAAAAGGUAAAAAGAAGUCAAGUGAGUCAAAAGGGAGAAAAAUCACCCUGAAGAUGGCCAAGAAUGCCCUGAAGCUCACUGUGGAUGGAAAGCGGCGCCUGGACCUCAGCAACAUGGAGAUCACCACCUUCCCAAAGUGCAUCCUGAAGCUCUGCGAUGUGGACGAGCUGGACCUGAGCCGAAACAUGCUGAAGAAGAUUCCUGACAUCAUCGACAGCUUCGUCAACCUACGCUGGCUGGACCUGCACAGCAACCAGCUGGAACAGCUGCCCGAGGCCAUCGGGCGCCUGCCGAAACUCCACAGCCUGAACCUGUGCAACAACUUGCUGACCACGUACGGAAUCCCGUAUGAGUUGGGUCUGCUGAGGAAUCUGAGAAGCCUCAACCUGGGCAUGAACCGCAUUGAGACCCUGCCACCCUCCCUUGCUGCCCUCAAGGAGCUGCGCCACCUAGGCCUCUUCAACAAUCUGCUCAUGGGCGUGCCACAAUGGCUCCACAGCCUGCCCAACCUGCAGACGCUCAACGUCAAGAGCAACCCCAUAUGUUCAGAUGAGCCCCAAAAGCUGGACCCCAUCCGGCGGGUGGAGUGCCUGUACCUAGUCAGGGAGGGCUGCCUCUGUAGUGAAUGUCUCCAGAAGUGCAAAGAAGAGAGGGGCAAGGUGGAUAGUAGGAUCAGUAAGGGUCUGGUUCAGAGGAGAUCCAUCCUUGCUGGGCUGAUUACACCCAAUUCUGUGGCACAAGAUGACAAGGCAGUGUGCAGAUGAAGAACGCCUGCAGCAGGGUUCCAUGUGGACCAAGAUAGGAUCAUUUUUGGACUGUUUUGUGUGAAAAUUGACACUCCUGCUAAAAAUAUAAUGGUUAAAUAAUAACCCUUAGAAAUCUAUAGUUAUUACAUAAUUUGCAAUAUAAUUACAAUGUAAUUGCAUAAUAAUUACAUGGUAGUAAAACAAUAAAUUACAGCUCAUUUACAUUUUGUAUCAGCAUUACUAAAUGUUGGCUAAAUCUGCCUGUGAAUCACUUUAAUCUGCUCAUUUUAGUAUAAAAACAGAACAAACUAAACCGAACAUAAACCACAACAGCUUUAGUAGCAUAUAGAGCUGAACCAUGGAGCUGGGCCUUCAGUUCAAGCCAUAAGAGUCAGAACUUUGUCAUGAAAAUGAGAGAAAAACACCUUUAUAACAAUAUUAUGUUCAAUAUUACUAGCACCUCUAUGGGGUUUUAUAUAAUAUAUUAGAGCUAAGGUAAUACUGGUACACAGUGGUUGUUCUAGAAUAAACACAGACAUAUAAAAGCCUAUGAAAGUUGUUCCAUAUGUUUUAUCUGAAGCUUGAAACAGACAUGAAUGUAUAUCUGAGUAUGUAUGUAUCAGUUUUACAGUGACUCUUUCAGUAAAGAGUUCUGAGGUAAAGCUGCCGCCACUGUUUCACAUUCCUAACAACAAACCUGCUUAGACUAUAGCUCAGAUUUAGGCAGUAAUGCAUCUAGAACCUCUAGGUCUAGAAGUCCAAACCAAUGAGAGUUCAUUAGGUUGUAUCUACCUAAUGGCCAAACCUGACUGGACAAUUUUUAGGUUGUUUCAAGAUUUUACAUUAUUUGGAUCUGUUAUAGAGAAUUUAAAGCUCUGUUGCUGGUUUUUAAAGCCUUAAAUGAGCUUAAAGCUCCUGAACAUCUGUUUGUUUAUGAUCUUAGAUCUGCAGAUACUGACAUCCUGAACACCUUCAGUAAAACACAGAAAAC